GUUUAUACGACAGUCGUCCAAUAACAACUCACCUCAUCGCUGAUAUAAAUUCAAGAAGAGAUAAAUCUGUAUGAAAUCGAACUGAAUGGUCAAUUUGUUGUGAAUCGUUCUCUACGCCUCUAACAUGAAUUCCCAUAGGAAUCUUGUGAUAUUUGCGCUUUUAUUGGCUUGUGUUGGUGCGGCAAAAUCCGACUGUUCUUCUAAUUUGCACGUCACAAAAAGUGAUUGGGAGAACUUGGAGAAGGACUCUGCAAAUCCUCCAGAGGCAAUAUUGUGCAUGUACAAGUGCUAUUACGAGCAGCAGAGAGCAUUCAAUGAAGACAAGACCGUCAAAUUAGAUAAACUUCUGAAGGGAGUCGAAGUACGGAAAACAUUGGACGAUGUGACAAGAGAAGAAUUGAAGGAAUGCGUUAAGAGGGAUGGAAUUCCUGUUAACGAGUGUGCCGACAUAAAACCCUACUUCUUGUGCAUCCUAAAAGCUCAAAUCAAACAGGUCAAGACUGAAAGUUCUUGAUUCCAAAUCUGAUCCCAUUCUCAGUGAGGCACAAGAAGGGAUAGACUUAGCAUCAACAAAGAGGAAUACAAAUAUAUCUGAAUAAUUUCAAUGUGAACAAAACGAAGAUUAGGUAUUUUUCAGUAAA